CGAGCGGCCCCGGAUCAUUAACCUGCAUAAAGGGGUUACACCCACGUCGGGAGUGUCCUCAGAUUCCUCUGGAGAGUGGAUUUCAUGGGACCAAGUGAGGAGCGCAGGCAUUGGGGGAGGGGGCUGUUGUAGUUGUUCAGGGGAGCAGAGUCUGUUCCACCCUGGAUCCUGCCAGGCCAGCAGAGCCCUCAGGCCCUCAGCGUGGCUCCUCUGAAGUUCAGGAGAGUGUGACAGCCAGGCAAGAGGCACUCUGCGAAUCAGGCCUGUGUCAGCAGGUGUUCAUUGCCUAGGCCAAGACCAGGGAAGGUUUACAGGUUCAGAGAGAGUCACUGGUCAGACAGACAAACAAAGGCCCUCUGUCAAGGCCAGAGUGGUUUCCUGGAGGGAUGCCCUAGAGUCUGACCCCUCCCUGGAGGACUUGGAGUAGGGGGAAUCCCAACACAAAGCUGGUGGCCCCAACAGCAGGAAGAACCACUGUGCGCCAGGGUUGGCUGGGGCUCUGGAAAUCACCCCUAUAAGGAAGCAGUCCAGAGAGGUGAGGCACCUGGGCAUGCCCUCUUUGGGGAUUCCAGGAUAUUCCCCUCACCACCCCAGUUAGUGAGGGAAUGGUCACUCCUGAUCUCAGAGGCAGUGUUUGCAGGUAAUUGUGAUAAAUCAUGAAUUAGAGGCAGCUCUCAACAGUCCUAGUCACCACCUCCCCCAACCCCCAAGUGUGGGUGACUGCAGAGAUGGACCCUCUUCCUCCUGCCUUGUCUGCACCACAGGGGAACCUCUGAGGUGAGCCUGUGAGGUCCGACCCUCCCCAACACAGACAGAAAAACUGACAUUAAUUAUCCAUUUAACACAAAUUUCCUCCUCUCUGACUUGAGGACACUAAGAGACCUUUCCUCCAACGUGAGGAUUAAGCCAAAUAAGGCACUUAAAGCCCUUAGCACUGGGCCAUUGUUUCCUGAUGACAACUGCAGUCAGCUCCCCAGGUGGGUUCAAAGACAGAGCCAGCGGAGGCAUCCCCUGCCCACAGGCUCUCAGCAGCCCCAGCACUGCAUGGGGCGUGGACAGGCGGGAGGGGUGGGCCAGGCCUGGGGGCCCUUUGAUGGCUCUUCCUUCUCCUCCUCCUCCUUGGCGGACGGGAAAGAGGGCCUCAGGCAGCAGUCCUGGCACCUCCACCACCUCUUCCCUCCCCCUCUCACCAGCUCUGCCUUGGGCACCCCCCGCGCCCUGUGCUCCUGCCCCUCCACCCAGAUCUUUGGCUUUGGGCACAGCGAGGAAGCUGCGAAGAACCGAGGAGCAGGGCAGCACUGCAAGGACCUGGCAGGUCUAGGGCGUUGCUGGGGAAUUCCAACCAGUCUUCCGGGUGCGGGGGAUCCCCCUCCUCUGAGAGGGUAGGGAGGCAGCGGGCUCAAGAAGCUGGCGACCGGGACUCAAGAGGCCACAGCGAUGGCAGGCCCCCGGCACCCCGUGUCCGUGCGCGCUGCGGCCUUGGUGCAGACAGAGCGGUUCCAGACGUUCGCCUUCUCUGUGCGCUGGUCGGAUGACAGCGACACCUUCGUGCGCAGGAGCUGGGACGAGUUCAGGAUGCUUCAUAAGACCCUCAAGGAAACCUUCCCGGUGGAGGCGGGCCUGCUGCGGAGAUCCGACCGCGUUCUCCCCAAGCUUCCGGACGCAUCGCUGUUGGCGCGCGGCAGGCGCACGGCCCGCGGCCUCGCGCGCCUGCGGCUGCUGGAGAACUAUUUGCAGACGCUGCUGGCGGCGGCGGAGCGUGUGUCCCGCAGCCCAGCGCUCACUGCCUUCUUCGCGCCGCAACCCACAGACCUGGAUCCCGCGCUGCCGCCUGGCAGCCUAGUGAUCCUGCCCACCCCCGAAGAGCCCCUACCCCGCCCCACGAGCAGCCUCGCCAUCCGCAGCCUGGAAGCUCAGACCCUGCGCUGCCUGCAGCCUUUCCGCACCCAGGACACAAGGGAUCAGCCCUUCUACGCGCAGGCCCAGGAGGCUCUGGACGUGCUGCUGCGCCACCCCUCAGGCUGGUGGCUGGUGGCGAAUGAAGACCAGCAGACAGCAUGGUUUCCUGCUCCUUACCUGGAGGUGGCCCCGCGCCAGGGGCGAGAGGGGGGCCAGCCUCUAGGGAGUAGUGGGUCCCAGUUCUGUGCUUCCUGCGCCUACGAGAGCAGACAGGCUGAUGAGCUGUCAGUGCCCGCGGGGGCGCGCGUGCGUGUGCUGAAAACGUCAGACCGCGGCUGGUGGCUGUGCAGGUGUGCGGGCGUGGGGCUUUGGCUGGGGCCCAGGCUAACCGCAACCAGGCAUGUGCUAACCAACUCCUGCCUUUCCCGCAGCUUCCAUGGUCGCACCGGUCUUCUCCCCGCUGUGCUGCUUCGGCCCGACAGGCUGGGUGCACUCCUGAGCCGCCCAGGGCUCCACUGUGGGGCUGACAGUGGGGAGGACAGCGUGGGGGAGGCCCAAAGCUCCCCUGAGCUUUUCCAGGCCACGACCCUUCCCCCUACGGUGCCCGCCCGACCCCUACUGAGUGCCAUACAGAGCCACUGCUGCACCAUCACCCGUAGGGCACUGGAGCGGGACCUAAGGGGUCAGGGACCCCUUUGAAGGUGUGUGGAAUUGCAGAGAGGGCUGCACUGUGCACCCCACAGCUGGAGCUGCAGGAAAGAGGCUCCAGACCCCCAGGAUGACUGAUGGCAGCCAUACCACCCUCAGGGCUGCGGAGGAGCAUUUGAGGGUGGGACUCCCUGGCUGGCAGGGCCAGGAGGCUAUUUCCUCUGAGUAAAGCUCUUCUGAUUGACCCACA